ACGCAUCACAUCUACACACACCAGCUCCAAUGUCAGCCCCAGACUAUCGAUCCACAACCAUCCUCACCGAACAUCUCGGCUAUCCGCCCAUCGCGGUGAUUGACGACGUCAUCAACGCGGUGAACGAACUUAUGUACAAGUGCACACAGGCGGUGGAGACGUACUUGCACGAGCGAGAAAGCAAACGGCUCGAGAGCAUUAAGAAUAACGUGGAUAACGACGAUGACGUGGUAAUGACGGAAUCCGAAAAAAGUAUGGCAACAGUCCCAGAAGAUGAAAUCGAGAUGGGAACAGCCAAGUUGGAGACGCUUCUCGAGUCCACGGUCGACAAAAACUUUGACAAGUUUGAGCUCUAUGCCAUCAGAAACAUCCUCAAUGUCCCGUCCGAGUUGGCACAUGAAGGCUGGAUCCGCUUGAACCACCACAAAGGUAUCGAUUUUUCGCAGGGGGCGAUCAAGAGCUCGCGGUACUACGAUGUCCAGAUCGAUGUGCUCCGCAAGGAGAUCAACGCCCAGCUCACGCUCCGGAAGAUUCUAAAGCUCCAGAUUGUGAAGGCGACAAAGAUUGUCCAGUCGCUCGCGAAAUUCAAACAGACGUUGCGCUUCCUCGACGCGAUGAACGGUACAUUUUCGUCCGAAGCCACCGCCGCGUUGCGUGCUGUUUCGCCGCUUGACGAGACGCUCCACUACUUGCUUAUCCAGGUCGACGGUCUCUUUACUCAGGUGGCAUCUAUCCGGGCGAAAUUAGACGGUGAGGGCGGUGUUCGAAGCGCAGAUUUUGUGCCGUCUCCGCGAGAAGAGUAUCUCAAUCAGCAGACCGCCAAGGUGUUACUGAGCAUGGGUCUUCUCCCCGAUAUCAUGCAUGUGACUUCCAACCUGGCAGAGGAGGAUGUGGGUAGGUUGGCUGAGAUUUCCCGUGUCCUCAAAGAAUCAGAGCAGCGCUCUGAGUCGGAGUGAUUUUGUAUAAUGACUGUAUGUGUCCUUUAAAUUUGUAUUGCUAGUUGACGAACAUGAAAAU